AUGCGUCUGAAUCUUCGCCGAGAUAACGCAGGAGCGAGGACAAACGGUGCUGCAUCGUCUGCAUCUGCGCCCCUUCUCCCUCCCUCCAGCUCUCCAAAAGAAGAAUCAGCCAAGCAAAGCAUCCCGGAAUGGGAAGCCACCGGCCCGGCCUCACCGCCUUCCUGCUCUCCUUGCUCGUUGUUGCUUGCCGUCGUGGCAAUCCUCUCGUGCGUCGCGGCUGAGGUCAAGAAAACCAAGGUGAGGCAGCUCAAGUGGGACGGCAAGCUGUGCUACUUGCCUGGGAGCGACGCGUUCAAGUACGGGGUCGCGGCACUGGCCUGCCUCUCGGCCGCGCAGGUGGUCGGGUAUGCUGCGGUAUGCGCCGGCUUUUGCGCCAGAGAUCGAAAGGGCGUGGAGAGGCGCAAAGGGAAGAGGCUGACGAUCACGGCGGCUCUCUUUCUGGUUUCGUGGACGAGCUUCGGGGUGGGGGCAGUGGUGCUCGGCGCGGCGACGAGCAUGAGCAGAGAGCAGCCCUACGGGAAAGGAUGGCUCGACGGCGAAUGCUACCUGGUCAGAGAUGGAAUGUUCGUCGCCUCGGCGGUGCUGGUCGUGAUCGCAUCAGGCAGCACGCUCUGCCUUGCUGUGAUGUCCAUGAAGAAGGGUCGGACCGAGCAGGACCUCAAGCUGCACCCGCAGGCCGGCUGAAAAAGAGUAGACCGAUCACGAAAGUAACGAACGAAUCGACUCGUUUUUGCCGGAGAUCCGUCGCCAGCUUGCUCUUUCCUGAGGAGCAUCGCGCCAAUCGAGCAGACCUGGCUCCGAUUUGCGACAAUUAGAAGAGGAAGCGAGCGACAAUUAGUAAUAAGAGUAAGAAUUAGGAUCUUUAAGAUCUUGGUUAUUCUUUGCCGAAAGUAUAUAAUAACAUGGUUGGUGGCAACGAAGCACUUUUCUGUACGCUGUAGUAACUUACUCUAUACGGUCAAGAGAGAGCAUUCUAAACAAUUUUGGCCGCCCGGCCGCCCGUCCGCCCGGGUUUCGGCAUGCUAA